AAGCAGUCUCAGAUCCUGACGGUGCCGCAGCCCGCAGCCUCAGCCAGGGAGUCCCAGCCGCUUUCAAUGGAGGAGAAGCCCGGCCAGCCACAGCCUCAGCACCAUCACAGCCACCACCAUCCGCACCAUCACCCCCAGCAGCAGCAGCAGCAGCAACAGCAGCAGCAGCCGCCGCACCACCACCACCAUUAUUAUUUCUACAACCACAGCCACAACCACCAUCACCACCACCAUCACCAGCAGCCUCACCAAUACCUGCAGCAUGGAGCCGAGGGCAGCCCCAAGGCCCAGCCUAAGGCCCUGAAACAUGAGCAAAAACACACCCUCCAGCAGCACCAGGAAACGCCGAAGAAGAAAACAGGCUAUGGUGAACUGAAUGGUAAUCCUGGAGAAAGAGAAAUAUCUUUAAAGAGCCUGGGUUCUGAUGAAGCUACCAACCCUAUUUCCAGGGUGCUCAAUGGCAACCAACAAAUUGUAGACACUAAUUUGAAGCAGACUGUAAAGGCCAGCACCUUUGGGAAAGCAGGAAUUAAAACCAGGAAUUUCAUUCAGAAAAACAGUAUGGACAAAAAGAAUGGGAAGUCUUACGAAAAUAAAUCUGGAGAGAACCAGUCUGUAGACAAGACCGAUACUGUAGCAAUUCCAAAUGGUGUUGUAACAAAUAAUUCUGGCUAUAUUACUAAUGGUUAUAUGGGCAAAGGAGCAGAUAAUGAUGGUAGUGGAUCUGAGAGCGGAUAUACCACUCCUAAAAAAAGGAAAGCUAGGCGCAAUAGUGCCAAGGGUUGUGAAAACCUUAAUUUAGUGCAGGACAAAAUAAUGCAACAAGAGACCAGUGUCCCAAACUUAAAACAGGGACUUGAAACUUUCAAGCCUGACUACAGUGAACAAAAGGGAAAUCGAGUAGAUGGUUCAAAGCCCAUUUGGAAGUAUGAAACUGGGCCUGGAGGAACAAAUCGAGGAAAACCUGCUGUGGGGGAUAUACUACGGAAAAGCUCUGAUAUUAAACCUGGUGUGAGCAGCAAAAAGUUUGAUGAUCGACCCAAAGGAAAGCAUGCUUCCGCUGUUACCUCCAAAGAGGACUCGUGGACCCUAUUUAAACCACCUCCAGUUUUUCCAGUGGACAAUAGCAGUGCUAAAAUAGUUCCUAAAAUAAGUUAUGCAAGCAAAGUUAAGGAAAACCUCAACAAAACUGUACAGAAUUCCUCUGUGUCACCAUCUUCAUCUUCAUCUUCUUCGUCUACUGGGGAAACCCAGACCCAAUCUUCAAGUCGGUUAUCCCAGGUCCCUAUGUCAGCGCUGAAAUCUGUUACUUCGGCCAACUUUUCUAAUGGGCCUGUUUUAGCAGGGACUGAUGCAAGUGUAUAUUCUCCAGGGGGUCAGCCACUGCUAACUACUGCUGCUAAUACUCUAACACCCGUCUCUUCUGGGACUGAUUCAGUUCUCCAGGACAUGAGUCUGACUUCAGCAGCUGUUGAACAAAUUAAAUCUAGCCUUUUUGUCUAUCCCUCAAAUAUGCAAACUGUGCUAUUGAGCACAGCACAAGUGGAUCUACCCUCUCAGACAGAUCAGCAAAAUCUGGGGGAUAUCUUCCAGAAUCAGUGGGGUUUAUCAUUUAUAAAUGAGCCCAGUGCUGGCCCUGAGACUGUUCUUGGGAAGUCAUCAGAUCAUAAAGUGAUGGAGGUGACAUUUCAAGGGGAAUAUCCUGCCACUUUGGUUUCACAGGGUGCUGAAAUAAUCCCCUCAGGAACUGAGCAUCCUGUGUUUCCCAAGGCUUAUGAGCUGGAAAAACGGACUAGUCCUCAAGUUCUGAGUAGCAUUCUAAAAUCUGGGACUACUAGUGAGAGUGGAGCCUUAUCCUUGGAACCCAGUCAUAUAGGUGACCUGCAAAAAGCAGACACCAGUAGUCAAGGUGCUUUAGUGUUUCUCUCAAAGGACUACGAGAUAGAAAAUCAAAAUCCUCUGGUGUCUCCUACGAACACUUUGUUAGGCUCCGCCAAAGAACAGAGAUACCAGAGAGGCCUAGAAAGAAAUGAUAGCUGGGGUUCUUUUGACCUGAGGGCUGCUAUUGUAUAUCACACUAAAGAAAUGGAAUCUGUUUGGAAUUUGCAGAAGCAAGAUCCCAAAAGGAUAAUCACUUACAAUGAAGCCAUGGAUAGUCCAGAUCAAUGAAGGACCAGACUGCCUAUUUGUAACCUUUCUGCAGCAUUAGAGCCACCGUUCAUGGGGGACACAAGGCUUUUAUGCUCCUAGAUCUUCAACGCAGCAGAGGAACCAUAAGUAGAAUCACAGGAUAAUAUAUACAAAUAUAUAUAUAUACAUAUAUAUAUAUAGUUAUUUAAAAAAAAAAGGCAACUGAAAGUAAUUAGACUUCUUAAGGAAUCAAAUUUAUUUCAAGAGACUACACAUGGUUAUUUAAUCUCCGGUACUGAAUAGUUUUUUUUUCUUUUUUCUUUUGUUAAUUUUUGUUUUUAAGUGUGAAUGCAAGUGAUUAAUGAAUACAGACUUAUUAACAAGCGUGGUUCUAAAGUUCCUGCUGUCAUCAACUUGGGCAAGAAAUGACCCACUGGAAAGGCAAAUCCACUUUUAAAAGAUCUGUAUCUUGUUCUGUGACUAAAGUGAUACACUAAUCACGGGGAACCCAGAAUGAUUCAACAUUUUUCCCCCACUCCUCCCUUGAUCUUUUGGUUAUACUUUGAGCCCUGCGAGAAUGCUGGAUAAAUGCCUUGAAGUUUGCAGGGAUGUAUUUUUUUAGGGAAUAUGAUUUGCAUGUCUUGCCAGGAGUUAAGCAGCCUCUGUGGGGUGUUGGGGAAAUUCUUUCUUUUCCUUUUAUUUUUUGUGGGGUGGGCUUAGGGGAGGGCAUUGAAGUUCUAUAAUUCUGGAAUAGUUGAUGGUACAUAAGUUCACUUGGCUUUGGUUACAUGGACUUUAACAAGUGAAGAAUCCAUGAGUGUCAUUUGAAGAAAAGUUACAGAACAAACAAUUGGCUUUAGAUAUUUAAUAUGAAAAAAUAUUCCUUUGCCCAUAUUUUAAUGUAAUUGUAUAAGUGGGAGCAAAAAUAUAUUCUGCUUUUCAACUGUAGGUGCUCCAGACUUGCUCUCUGUCACUAACACUAAAUGUGCUGUUUUCCUUGUUUUUCGUUGAACAUCUAAAGAGAAACUUCUGUACCUUUCUGUAAAUUAUUUUAGUUUUCAGAAAAUUCUAAAAGGGGAAGAAAAAUUUCCAUGAAAAUUAUAAAACUUUUCAUGUUUUUAGCAGGUGAGGAGGAGGUAAUAAACCCUACCUAUAGAAGGUGUGUUUUCAUGCAAACUAUACUUCUGAGCUUAUUAGCUUCUAAUUCUAUCUUAAUAAAUAUAUUUUAUUACUAGAGCAAAAUGGGUUUUUUAAGGAAAAUAAUGUGAAAUUCUGGAAAUUUUCUUUUGGGCAGAGAGGAGCAUUAGCCCUGUCUUAUCAUCACAUUGCCAUCCUGUUGCACUGCAGCUUGUAUAUAGCAUGCUAAAAUAAAUUUUCUUGUGUGUGUGCAGAAAUUAAGGGUCCAGUUUAAGAUUGAGUGAUGUUAGUGGCAUAAAAACAAGUUCUCUGGCCUGACAUAACAUCCCAUCACAUCUCUCUCUCUCUCUCUCUCUCUCUCUCUCUCUCUCUCUCUCUCUCUCUGACACAUACACACACACACAGAAAUUAGUAUAUCCAUGUAUGUCAAAUACAGGUUAAAAUAGCAGGGCAUUUAUAUAGAGAGGUGUAGUCUUCUAAUAAAAGUAGACUGGAUCCCCUGGGGUGUUUGGAGGAGAGGGUACCUACUUCUGCUCAAACCCUUUGCUUAAGAAAUGUCCAAUUUUGAGUGACUGUAGUAUGGAUGAGUUUUCUUGUUUUGUUGAUUAUUUGAGACUUUUAACAUGUAGUUUGUGAAAGAAGCUGUUGGACUCCACAUAGAGUAGAGAAAAUAUCUUCAGUCUGGAUUUCUGCCCUGCUUAGAUUUUAAAAGUAUAAGCAUGGAUUGCCAAUUCCAUUUGAUGUAAACAAAACUUUUUAUACAUAAUAUAUAUAUAUAUAAUAACUUAUUGUAUCAGUCCAGGUUCAGAAACUUGUGGUAGGCCAGUUCCAGAUAGUUUCAUUUCACCUGUAAACUGUAUCACUUUUACUGAUAUUGUAAUUUUCAAAUGUAUAAUAUGUUUACAGAUGUGCCCUGCAUUUAGUCUGCCUUGUUCCUAUUUUGAUUUUUGUUGAGUCUCCUGCCUGCUUGCCAAAAGCUAGGAUGCUUCAGGCCCAUGUACAAUUGAAAGCAGAGGCAUCCUUGAGCUUUAAAGCAUUGAACAAACUGGAAAAUGCAACAUACCACAUACUGAAGUGAAAGAAGUCUGUGUUUUUGUGUUUUUUUUUUUAAUAAAAAUUUUCAAAAAGUUAAAAAAAAAGAUAUAAGGUUGAUUAAAGGACAAAAAAGGCUCCAGUUUGUUUUAUAGGUUUUAAAGUUCUGCUGUGUGUUCAAUUGCCUUGUGUAACCACUUGUCGCCUUAGGGCCAGAUAUCCCCCUCCCCUCCUCCCCUUUUUUUUUAAACGUCCAUUUUGCUUGCCUGGAAUUUAAAAGCUCUUCUGUCUCACAACUCACAAGAAACUUUCUGGGUUUGUGACAUAGAGGUUGAAUGAAUAUAAAUUUAAAAAGGAAAAAAACCCCAGCCCCCAUCUAAUUGGGCUUUUUAAUUUAGAAGCAACACCUAAAAAAUAUCUUUAGGAAUAUGUUUUUCCUACUUCCCUUCCAUAUCCCUCAGGCCUCCAUGUUUAGAGAAGCCAAAAAGAGAAUGUAUCCCUUAACCUGUUUGUCCAAAGGUUUUUGAGAGUUCACUUCUAAAUGAAACAAUGCAACAUUUCACCUUGAUUUUCUCCACUGAAAUUUCCUUGAUUAUAUGCUUAGAGGUAUAUAGUUAGGAAUGUCUUUCUGGGAACGCUAGUGCCCCAUCAUAUUAUUCGUCAGUAUUUUUGGGCAUUGGGUUAAUGGACUUCAUUGCCUAGGUACAAGCAGGACUUUGGGACAAAUCUCCUUUAUGCUGUUUGGUAACACUUAACUCUACUUGUCGCAAUCUUUCUCCUUAGGUCCUCACACAAUUCCUUACAGAGCACUUAUUAAAAAAAAAUCUUAAGAGUUGAUCUGUUUUCUGAUUAUUUUUGUGUAAGCUUCUAAACAAACUUCAGCUGUGAUUAAUUUAGCACAUUUAAAUAACAUUAAUGUGUUAUUGUUUGGUAUAAAGAAUUUUUCUUCAACUCAGAGUAUUAGUACUGUAGCAUAAACCAAAUACAGUCUAGAGGGGAUUUUUAACAUCCCUCCAUUAUAAAGACUGAAAAAGGAGUGUGUGUGUGUGUGUGUGUGUGUGUGUGUGUGUGUGUGUGUGUGGUGUGUAUGUGUGAGGGACAGAGGGAGAUAGUAAAAAUUAGUAAAUGAAUGUGUGUAAGACUUAGUAUUCAGAGAAUGAACUUGUAUUUAUUUUGUGCCAUUUGUUUUCAUUACACAGAAUAAAAGUCAGGUGGUUUUAAUCCUUAAAAGGGUAGUAUUUGAAAAAUGGCACUAAGAAUGAAAUCAUGACCUAUUUUUUUAAUAGCUAUGAAGAUACUAAUUAUGGGUGAAGAUUUCUUUUUAAAUCUGUCUUGAUUGUAGGCUUCUAUGUCACAUACCACUCUUCUUGUAGAUGUCUUGAAUAAUUCCUCCUUCCCCACAAAAGACAGGGUGUAUUUAUCUUUCUCUUUAUUCACCCCCACCUUGCUGAACUGAAGUUAAUUGCAUAGCCUUUCCUCUGACUUUCUUAGAAAUGAACUUUCACAUAAAAUAUAUAUACAGCAUCUGUAGUUAGCCCUUCCUCCUCCUUUCUGGGAGGGGUUAGACAAUAAUUAGGAAUUUGUUAGUGCCAGUUUGUUUUUUCUUGGAAUAAAUGGCUGGAGAAAUUAUCUCCAUUUUAGAAUUUUGCUGUUCUCCUUAAUCAUCUGCUUACCUAGUCAUUGAAAAUUGCAAAAACUUGAUAAAAGAAAAAAAAGUGCUGCAUUGGUUUUUCAAAUAAGUUUCUAGGGAAAUACAGCAAAUCUCAUGAGUAUUGUCCACAACACAAAAUGUGUUUCUUUACAAAACAUUACAUAGCAGCAGUAGUUUCAUACUUGGUUGUCAGUCUUGUUGCUAACCCAAUUGGAGGCAUCUAAUGGUUUAUCUUCUGAAAACUUUUAAACACAAAAAGCCAUUUAGUGUGAAAUUUUAUGUCCUACCCAAUGGCCACAGGCAAGGAAAACUGGAAGAGGACUUUGAUUUAAAGUUGUAAGUAAGGAGGAAGUCAUUCUGUCAAGGCUUUCUUCAGAGAAGUAGAUGUAAAAGUCCCAUUUCCAAGGAUUAGGAGUAUAGUUAUGCCAUUGGGCUAUAUCCUCGACACAUGAUCCUUGUAUACCUAUGCUAGCUGCAAAAGACUAUAGAUAGUAGGACAUAUUAUGGGCAAUUUUUAUGAUCACAUCUGUUGAUGGUGUACUAGUUGAAUUAGAUUCUGAUUGGGCAGUGUCCUUUAAUAGUCCUACCCAUAAUCAAACUGCUACAUUUUGAAAGAGGAUAGAAUUUGCUCAUCUUUUCUCUCCAGAGUAUUGAUACUUAUUUAAAUAAGGGGAGGGGCAGAGGGUAAGAUUAGAAGUAUGUUUAAUAGCUGCUCUGAGUUUACAGAUACAUAGGUUAUCUUUAGUUCUUAAUACUGAUGUUAUUUUUAUUAAUGUGGCUAAUCAACAGAGCACCAGGAUUUUAUGGUGACAAAGAUGGGCUUAUGCUUUGAGUAUCUUAAAAUCUUUCUUUUUAAAUAUACCUAAAUCUGUUUGGCUGCGUGAGAGCCAGGACCACCUUGGGUUGGUUUAAAGAAUGAAAUCAUUGGUUCCCCUCAAAUGCACUGCUUUACUGAGUUUUAAAUUUCACACUGUUUUGCUACUCAUUAAGAAUAAAUAGAAUUUUAAGUUGUCUGCAUAAUAGAAACACCCAGUGAAGCAUGAAUGGUGUGUUGCUUUUGCAUUACUGGGAGUGUCCAAUAGCAGUUAAUAGAAACCUAUGAAACAGCCAUCCUCACGUGUGUUGGGAUUGCUGAUUCAAACUUCCCUAUUUAUCCACAAAAUUUUGCUUAUGUCCAGAGUUCUAAAGCCAUUUUAUAAUACUGCAGUAUCCCUUUUCUACAGCCUUACUAAAAUAGCUACAAACAUAUUCCAAUGCAGUAUCCCUUUUCUACAGCCUUAUUAAAAUAGCUACAAACAUUUUCCAAUUCAGUUUCGCUUUUGUUGUAUAUCAAAGUUUUAUUCUACAGACCAAGAAACCAACUUGAGGUAAAUUACAUAGCUUUCCAUUUACCCUUUUUUCCUCAGGUGCUAAAUAAAGGCUCCAAAAAUGGAUACUGCUUUAGUAAUGUCUUUUAUUCUUAAACAUUUCUUUUGCUAGAUGUAAAGAUUUGGUGUUAACAAAAAUGGUUUUAAUAUGUAAAUAUGAAUGAAUGCCUUUAGUUUGCCUGUUUGUCUAUUAAGUCUGUUUCGUUUAUCCUCAAUAGAGGAGGAUCCUUUCAUAAUCUUGAAUACAUUUCAUUAGGAAUUGUUGCAUUAGGAAUUUUUAGAGUGAAAAUACAACUGUUUUCUGUCUUGGAUUAAUCCUGCUGCUGCUAUGAGAAACUGAAAAUCAAGAAUGUGAUGCACUUUUUACAUUACUAUAUACCAUACCUUUAUAAGUUGCUUUGAAUACCUUUACGGUAGCACAGCCACUAACAAAAGUGAAUGAAUUUAAAAUUUUUCUUCAGGAGGGAAUCCGUACAAAUAAACUAUUUAUGGUAUUGGCCUAUGAAGGACAGUAACUUAUGAAAAUAAAAAUUGUUAGUAUUACACUUUUUGGCCUUAAAAUGUCUUCUACUACUGAAAAUCUUUUAAAUCUUAGUUUUGUUUCUGUUCCCUCUCUCUGCCUCAAAAAGAGGAUUUUGGAAGAAUGGUUUAAAGGAAGUAUCAUUUGUUUGUUGCUGAUUUAUCUUUUAGAAAGAAAACAAUUGUCUACUAUAUAAGUUGGGGACUUUCUUGUUUGUAUACAGAGGAGAAAUAAUGCCAUCCCGAGCCAGUCAGAUUUAGUAUAAUCAAAUCAAUCAAAACUCAACUAUUCUGCUUCUUUAGUGUAUUUUUACUUAACAAAGAUAAACUUUAGUAGGAAUGCUACUUGACAAGAGGAAGUCAUUUCUCAAGCACAUACCCAAACUUGAAGGAGACUGAACCCAAAAUAAUGGAGGAAAAAACACCAAAUGGGGUGGAGGAAUAUGAGAAAGAUACGUGGUCCAAAGCUAUCUGGUUAUAUUUUGAUGUUGCCAAUAUUGCCAAGCCAAAUUUUUAAUUUGCUUAUUUAAUAUGUUUGUUGGCCAGAGAUCUAUUUUUAUAUCAAUGUGCCUUGCAUGUAUAUUAAAAAAGUUUGGAAAGGCCAUGUAGUAAUGCCUAGGAUAGUUAACGGUUCUUACCACCUCACUAAUUUUUAUGCAGUAUGAAAUGCUCAUUCUAUCGCCCAACUGGUGCUCUCUGUUUAAAGUUAUAGGUCUUGUCACAAACUGGAACUAUUUUAUAAACUGGGGAAGUGAUUUAAUUUACUUUUUUUGUUUCUUUUUUUGUUCUUAAUCUGUUAGUGGCUGUUCUGUAGUGGGAAAUAGUAAGAGGAUUCUUCGCUCCCUUACCCUACCCCCUCAGCACCUUCUUCAAGUAAUGUGAUGACACCAUUUCUUGUGUGCUUUGAAAAAAGUUUCAGCUUGCUGUCUCCUUUAGUGUUAUAAAAAAGUGUUAUAAAAAGCAUUGUUUGCAAAUCUAGGGAGAUAAUGGAGUCCACUUUAAUUUGGAAUUCUAUGUGAGCUAUGAUCCCAAGUUACUGGCUCUUUCCAACUUAAAAAAAUAUUGUUAAAGCACCUUGGCUUAGAAAAUUUUAAGUAUUUAUGUCUGCAACAAUUGUCUAAAAAUAAUGAACUGUGCAAUUCUUGUCAUUAAAAAAAGAAAAAAAAAAAAGAUCUGAACUCUCCCUAAUGUGACUUGUUAGUUUCUUUGUAUUUCCUGCCAGUGUAAAUGUGAAAAGCUUUGCUUGCAUUACGUUUUAGAAAUGCAUUUUGCACACUCGAAUUUUGCUGAAGCUCCAUGAAAAGGUUAGAUCUAAGUAGAUGAAUAAAGCUAUGCACAUGUUUUGAAAAUUUAA